GCAACUUUGAACCUCACCCCGCGAUUCAGCUUCCAACCACAACUUUUUGACCGCGGUUUAUAAUCUCGCCCAGAAAGCGCUGGCGAGUAUCAACAUAUUGAUGGAAGAAAUAGAAAAGUCAAGUAAUAAUAUCCCGGAGCGCAUCUUACCAUGACGAUGAUAGUUUUGGGCUUCCAUCCCGUUCCCUGAUGAUUUGCUCCGAUGCCCAACAGCACUGAAAUACUCGUCCACAUCUCGGCUCCCGGUACUAUAAACGAGGAUGCAAAUUACCGGGCUCAUGCAGAUGCAUAUUUUGGCUUCGAGCCGGUGUCAAGGGUUAGGAUUUAUCCUGAGUCUCCGAGCAGCGAAACUGGUACGGACGAAAUCGUUGAUGCUCCACACCAGACAACCCCGCAGGCCGAAGGCGAUGAUGCCCUUCACCUCGCAGAGCUAGAGGAACGAGGCCAAAGCGGAUCACAAAAUAUCCCUAAUAUUCUAUCUUCAGGGAAGAGUACAUCUUUGUCAUCGGCAUGGGGCCCAAGCUUCGGGGAAACGACAUGUGGGCUGUUGGACUUUCCGGAGAUCUCGAUUCGAAGAUCUUUUUCGCAGAGUGAUACAGAGAAUGUGAAUGAGAAUUCCUUUGUGACUACAAGUAUUAAUUCUCCUGAGGUCCCUGCUAUCAGCGGCGGCCGAAGCCUACAAUCAGCCAUUCCGAACUCUUCGUUUACCGAGACGCCGCCCAGCGAAGUUCCCGAUUCCCAGGCCUCCUUUCAAGCCAGCUGGGAUGUUGAAAGGGACAAUAGCCCGCCGAGACAUUCAGGACAGGUUAUUCAAAUAGGAAGAACACCAUUAGAGGCCCAGAGACCUCAGGCAAAACGACGCCGAAUCUCGGCUUCUCCAGAAUGCAUACCGUCUUCCAUUCCUCUUUCUUCAGCUACUCCUGCAUCAUCCGCAUCUGAGCUUCCAAAUACUUUACCAUCACAUCCGCAAUCACAGCCACAGCCGGAGCGUUACCAGGCGUUAGAUAACCCAGUAGCAACGGCACCGUCCGCAACCUUCGAGAGACUCUCGUCCUUGCCUCUUGAGAUCAACCCACCGCGACCCGUGCCUUCUUCAACCGCUCAAUUUACAACCCACAUCACGCCCACCCUCCAAAUGCUCACCAGCAAGCUCAAACUGUCCAGGGUUUAUAACCCGUCGCGACAGACGCGUCCCUUACGGACCCUGGAGCGCGGCUACUGGCUUCUGAACCUCACCAUCUCCGACUCCAUCACCAAUACCAACGGGAAUAAUAAGUACAGUAUAAAUGCGCCCCCCUGGGCUCCGCACAGCAUUGCCACACCCACCAGCAAGCCCUGGACCAGUAAACACUUCUUCGAUUUCUGGGACUUCCUUUCAAAAUUCAUCGCCGACGAUGGCCGCGCCGGCUGGGGCGUCUGGUGCAUUUGCGAACCACACCCCCACCCUCCUCCCUCCUGCUCGACGUGCUCUGCCUCCUCCUCCCUUUCACACUCUGUAAUCGACCUCACGUCUCCAGACCACAUCCAAUGUUCUGCGGAAACUGGAACCCAGUCUGAUCGACAAGAGGGCAGGGGAGGCCCGGGAGGAGCUGCUAACGCGAAACACGUCACGGUUAAAAUAUACACAUGGGGCGAAGUCGCGCCGCAUAUUUACUUAUUAAUGUAUCUUGCUAGUGAUAGAAGCGUGCGAAAAGUACCGGGUGUUCAGUGGAGGGAUGGAGCGGAGGAGCCGGUAAUUUUUAUGGAUUGAUUGGCGUUUCUUACCAAUUAUUAUGACGAUAUUCUUUAUACUUUAACAAGCAUCAAACGCUCGCUUACGCUCGCUUUGCUGCUUGCGCUGCCCCCUCUACCACCACCGCCUCUACCGCCCCGCAGCCCCCCCUACCACUUCCACUCUCUACCCCUACGCCCCCCUUACCACCCCUACCACCCCUUCCACUCUCUACCCCCAUAUCACCCCUACCCCCUCUACCACCACUACCACCUCUACUACCCCUAUCACCCUCUACCCCUACCACCCCCUUCUACCCUGUAUCACCCCUAUCACCAUUAUCAGAUUAAUCAGAGUCAUACAGGCCGCAGAGCUGGCUGUUCAAUCCCAUCCAUGAAUUCAAAGAGAUGCACAUGACAUCACACGAGAUCAUAUUACAGAGCAUUUAGCAGUGUAGACCAUGAACACAGAGAUCAAAAAUG